AUGUCUAGAUCUGGUGUUGCCGUCGCAGACGAAUCUAUGAAGGCUUUCAACGACCUAAAGUUGGGCAAGAAAUACAAGUUUGUGUUGUACGGCCUUAACGAUAGCAAAACGGAAAUUAUCGUCAAGGAGACCUCUAAUGCCCAGGAUUACGACGCUUUUCUAGAAAAAUUGCCAGAGGACGACUGUUUGUACGCAGUUUAUGACUUCGAAUACGAAAUUGGUGGCAACGAGGGUAAAAGAUCCAAGAUUGUCUUCUACACCUGGUCUCCUGACACUGCACCAGUCAGAGCUAAGAUGGUGUACGCUUCCUCCAAAGAUGCCCUAAGAAGAGCAUUGAACGGUGUUUCCACCGACGUUCAAGGUACUGAUUUCUCCGAAGUAGCUUACGAAUCCGUCUUGGACAGAGUCAGCAGAGGUGCUGGCUCUCACUAA